UUCGAUUUAAGAAAAAAUCAAAGGACCAAAUAACUGUAGAUUCCUUGCCAUACGAAUAUCUGUUGAGUUCAGUGAAGUCUUGUAGGGGAGUGACCGGAGCGGUGGUGGCUUACUAACAAAGCACGGCAGGAGCUGAUUGACAAACGCUUAAACAAUAACAAAUUGGCAAAUCUGCUCUCGCAUGAAUCCAUGCGGAGGCAAUAGGCGAGCAAAAUCACCCGAAAAGCAAUCGCGCUCCCCCUACAUCUCGCAUUUUCCCGACAUUUCCUCGACUGGUCAAGUGGGUCGUUAAACAGUGCAAGCAAGAAGUGAAUGACGCGAUAGAAAAUCUUUGUCGCCUCCCGUUCGAUUGCAGAAAAGUCUCAACAAAAAAUCUGGAAAAACGGCCAAAGUACUGUCAACGUGCGCUGGUAUUUGUGCAACGGUGUGUGGAACGCGAGCGAUUUUCAGCUGAGUCGACUGUGGGACGUGUUCGCGGCGAGCGUAGUUUUGUAAAAAUUCCACUAGUGUCUGCAUCCUCGUACCCCGGAUCUGUGUCUUUUCGUAGUUUAUUUUCGUGUUUUAUUUAUUUUGGCGGACCGUGUUUAUAGUUCUCGACGUUACGAGUAAAAUUCGUGAUAUUACCUUCCUCUGAUAACAUCUUCAUCAGGCACAAUGCAAGCCGAGGCUUUGCAAAUUGUCACAACUGCAGAGGAUCAUACUUUCACCCUCGAUGAAGAAAAACUAACAGAAGUUCUGCUUCAAAAUGAAAUCAAAGAUCGAAUCGUGUGUAUCGUCUCAGUUGCAGGUGCAUUUCGUAAAGGAAAGAGUUUUCUACUGGACUUCUUUUUAAGAUAUAUGUAUGCAAAAUAUGUCAAAAAAAACAUUGGUGAUUGGUUAGGGGAGGAAGAUGCUCCUCUUACAGGCUUCUCAUGGCGCGGGGGCUCCGAGCGGGAUACCACAGGCAUUCUCAUGUGGUCGGAUAUCUUCUUGUACGAUGCGCCGUCAGGCGACAAAAUUGCUAUAAUUUUGCUUGACACACAAGGGGCGUUCGACAGUCAAUCAACCGUUCGUGAUUGUGCCACAGUGUUUGCACUAAGCACUAUGCUCUCAUCUGUUCAAAUUUACAAUCUAUCACAAAAUAUUCAAGAAGACGAUUUGCAACAUUUGCAACUAUUCACAGAAUACGGCAGGCUAGCGCUCGCCGAUACAGGGAAGAAGCCAUUUCAGCGACUACAAUUCCUUGUGCGUGAUUGGAGCUUCCCAUAUGAAGCUGAAUACGGAGCACUAGGAGGCCAGAAAAUUUUGAAACGACGUCUAGAAUUAUCAGACAAACAACAUCCGGAAUUGCAAUCACUGAGAAAACAUAUAACAUCAUGUUUCACAGAAAUCGCAUGCUUUCUGAUGCCACAUCCAGGACUUGUAGUCGCGACAAAUCCAAAUUUCGACGGUCGACUGAAAGAUAUUACCCCCGAUUUUAAACAGAGCUUACGAGAACUUGUGCCGAUGAUCUUGGCACCAGAAAAUUUAAUUAUAAAAGAAAUCAAUGGACAGAAAGUUAAAGCCCGCGAUGUGAUACAAUAUUUCAAAUCAUAUAUGGCGAUCUACAAAGGCAACGAAUUACCUGAACCGAAGAGCAUGCUGGUGGCAACAGCAGAAGCGAAUAAUUUAACAGCAGUGGCAGCAGCUAAAGACUUAUAUACACAACUCAUGGAAGACGUUUGUGGAGGUACUAAACCAUACUUAAGUACAGGACAUCUCGACGCAGAGCACUUAAGAGUAAAAGACAAAGCUCUAUUUCAGUUCUCGUCAAAACGAAAAAUGGGUGGUGACGAAUUCUCGGAGAAGUACCGUGAACGUCUCGAAGCCGAUUUGGAAGAAUCUUAUUUGAAUUUCAAAGCGCACAAUGAAAGCAAAAAUAUAUUUAAAGCCGCUCGUACACCUGCCGUUUAUUUCGCAAUUGCCGUUAUCACUUAUAUAUUCAGUGGAAUUUUCGGUCUACUCGGACUGUACACAUUUGCCAAUUUCUGUAAUUUAAUUAUGGGCAUAGCGUUGUUAACACUUGCCUUAUGGGCAUACAUCAGGUAUAGCGGCGAGUUGAGUGACUUUGGCACAAAACUAGACGAGUUAGCGACGUUGAUAUGGGAAAAUUUUAUGCGACCCAUAUAUCAAGGCUUCAUGGAGAAAGGUAUCCAGCAUGUUGCCACACACGCAGCAGAGGCAGCAGUAAGCACAUCGCGAUCAAGUGCAAUCAACGGGAAAGUGAAAAGCUCAUGAGAAUACGCCCAUGCAUUUGGCAAAAAACAGCAGCAACAAAACAAUCGUCAUCAACCAUCACCACCUGCACAGACAGCGCCUCAUCGCACCUACAAUAAACAAAACAAUGUCAUUGGCCCAGCACCGGGAAACGCCUCUAACUUAACUUCACGAAGUAAUACCCCUCGUGCGAAUUCACCGACUUUUGUCAAUGCAACAUCGACAAUGAAUGCUAAUACAAAUUCACCGGUAGCCAACAUAACCACCGCCAGCACAUCAUUCAGUAGGAAAAAGAAAAAGUCGAAAAAAAUUGUGCCUAAAUCGAAAACAUAAAAAGCUAUCUUUUGUUUGUAUAUGUACGAAAAGAGGAAGCUAUGAAAAUUAUUAAAUGAAAAUUAAUAAACGAAAGGUCAUAAAUUAGAUAAUUCAAAACCAGGAAAAGUAUAUUUGCAAAACUUGUAAAUGGUAAGACGUAAGAUAUGCAUGCACCCACUUUUAACGCUGCGAUUAAAAUGUGGAAUAAAUCUGACAGUAAAAAUCUAUGUAUGUAUGUAUACAUUUCCCAUAUUUUUCUAAAAAGGCAAAUUUGAGUGAUAACUACUAAGUUUAAUAAUAAUUUCGAUUUGAGAGGGGGUGUAAAAACUUAAAAUCGUUGUUUUUAGCUCCAUCACAUUUUUACUUCAGCAAUAAUGGGAAAACGACGAAUAUGAAGUUGAGCUUGAAAAUUGCAGUUCAUUAGUAUGUUCCGGUUGUGUGUUACUUUUUGUAAAUAUUUUUUAAUUCAAAUCGAAAACAAGCAUGUUCACUAUAUAUAUUAAAAAGAAAAGAAGAGAAAUAUUCGGUUUUUAGGGUCCAAUACAACCUACUCUUCGUUCUCGAUCACGCUUUGGCAGCCGUCCCUGUCGCGGCCCAUAAAGUAUUACAUUCAAAUAUCAGACAACGGUGAAAGUGAUUACGAUUCAAAAAAAUUCUCUGAAUUAUUUCUACCGCUAUUACUACUGAAAUUUACAGUUUAUUGAUUGUUAACUUGUUUUGUGGAAAAUACCUUUAAUUAUUUGUUAGUGUAAUGGCCAAAAUAAGGAUAUGCUCAAGCAAAGGUAAAAAAAUAUAUGCAAUAAAACAUUUUUUUACAAGAUUUUUGAUAAUUUUUUUUUCCUAUUUUCAAAUUCAUACUUCGCAGGACAUUUUAAUAUUAACAAGUCACUAAUCAGUCCAUGGCUAACAAAAAAUAAACAUUUCAAACUUGAAUUUGACGCGCUUACAAAGCCCACGCAUGUGCAAGGUCAGUUUUGUAAGGGCAAACUUACGCUCUCUACAGCAUCUACUUUCUACAGCUUGAGUUGAAAAUACUUCCAAACACCUUAGAAAAUUACUUAUAAUGUGUUUAGGUGUUCUAAUAUUUGUCUUAAGUGAGAUUUUCUUAUUGCGUAAUUUUGUAAUGGUAAUGUGAUAUUUGUAAAUAAAAACUUACGAGAAAGUAACCAUUGUUAAUGGAA